GCGUUAGCAGCCCCAACCCCUUUUUAGCCGCCCAAUGCAACAUAUCUGACGAUCUGAUUGGUCGUAAGCGGAUAAAUCUCAUCGCCUGCUGUGUGCCCGUCAUUGUCAUGUUAUCUCCCCCUGACUUCGGAACAAGAUGCACACUGCCCUCACGGAGCCGGACGCGCAGGGCCGAAACGCAGCUAUCUUUACGAAAUUCUGUCUGUUCCGCCACAGUCUCUGGAUCCGCCGCUACCCAGCGGCUCACAUCUUCUUCAUCGACCACAGCAAUGAUCUUGCCGUUAACAUAUUCGGUCUCAUCAUGUCAAUUUUGGGCGAUAGAUUCGCAUGGUAUCUGGAUCCCAUCGGGGGCCAUCUGCAUUGCGCUCCCCAUCCUCUUCUCCUGGGUCGCAACCGCGUUCGACAACGUCUGGCUGCUGGUUGGCAAGACUGCGCCACGCGACGCAAGCUGGGAGGGUUGGCCUCCGUCGAACGCGCAUUCGACCAUGCGGACCAUGAGGACACUCACAAUCCCAUGAGGAGCACAAACCGCUAUAUACUACCGCUCGGCCGCAGAGGCGAACCCUUCGAGCGUGGCUAGGCUAGGGUGGAUGCUUAAUAAAGAAGAAUAAACAAUAAUGAUAAUGAUAGUUAAUGAGGAAGCAGGACUCUUUAACACCACCACAGGGAAGGUAGUGGAAGUGGGGGCUCGUUAUUGGAUCGUGGGACCUCGGGACGGGUGAUCGACACCGGGGAGAAGAUGGCCUGACUCCCGGGGAGGGGUGGGUUUUGGGCACGAAAAAAAUUCCAAAUCCCGAGAAAAAGGCGCAUCGUGGGGCCAUCCAUAGAUCUGAGCUAGCAGGGAUACGAUACAGAGGAGACAAGUAGCCAAUUAUCGACCGGGAAGUGGAGACCACAGAUCCUCUCUUCCCCGUCAUGUCGCGUCUCUUUUCCUAGUACGGAGUACAGUACGUGGAAGCUAAAUAUAUGUGUGUGGGUC